CAUAUUUACACACGAACAAUGAAAAUGUUUUCACUUAAAGUAGAUAUAAUAACGAAUAGAUCCUUUUGAAAGAGAAUAUAAGCCAAGGCGUUUGUAUUUAAACCACGUGAUACAACCGUACCAUAAGCUCUGUCGUGAGUUAUAGGAUAGCAUAACGGAGAAGAGAUAUUAAUAUGAAGCGGAAAAGGCUUAUUUUGAGUUUAAUAUUAUUUGGUUUGUGGGUUGUGCUACCGGAAGUGUAUGGAAAACCGGCGUAUAGCGCAAAUCUUGAAACUUUUCUUCGAAAAGAGUUGUUCAACACCUACGAAGUUCUCCAAAGACCACAGAAUCAGAUGUUCAUAUCAAUGAGUCUUACUAUUUUGACUGUUAAUGAUAUGAGCAUCAAAGACCAAGCACUCUCAAUAUCAGGCUACUUAAAUGUGGCUUGGGCAGAUGAUCGACUUGAUUGGUCAAACAGUUCCGCGACUGUGCAAGACUAUAGUAAUGUCAAAUUUUUGUUCAGUACUGAAGAAUAUGUCUGGAGACCAGCCCUUAUUAUAGAAAACUCAGUGAACGAUAUAAGUAUCAUAAGCGAUAAAACCAUUCCAAUGCGUAUAACCAGUAGAGGGAUUAUAUAUUGGAAUCCAUCUGGUAUUUACGUAGUUAGUUGUGAAUCAGAUACUACAUAUUAUCCCCUCGACUCACAGGAGUGUUCUAUUAAGGUUUCUUCGUGGGCUUACACGUCAACUGAAGUACACUUGACAUUGGGUGAUCCACCGAUCGAUUUGAGUUUUUAUUCAGCUAACGGUGAAUGGGAUCUAAUUGGAUCUAGUGGUACCAAAUCUGGUGAUAAAACAAGAGGUUCAGACUCGUUUUCAUCUUUAACGUUUACAGUCAAAUUGCAGCGACGACCUAUGUUCCAUAUUCUCAACACCUUAUUUCCGGUCGCAUUAAUGGCGCUCUUGAUAGCAAUGGUUUUCAAGCUAGAUGUAGAGUCUGGUGAAAAGAUUGGAUUUGCCUUGACUGUCCUGUUGGCCUAUGCUGUGUAUUUGACAAUGAUAUCUGAUAAUAUUCCUAGUACAUCAGUAACUGUUUGUUAUCUGUCGUUGUACCUGGCAUUUAUUUUUUCCUUAGGAGGCAUAUCAGUGGUCCUUACAAUCUUUGUUCUCAGUUUACAUCACAAACCGGAAGAAGAUGAAAUACCACGAUGGGUGAAAUCUCUUACCAACACAGUUCUUCUUAAAAUGGCACUAAUGAAAAGCUGUGGAAAAUGUUGCAGAAAUUCCAAAGUAACGAAAGUGGCAUCCAUGUCCGACAAAACAGAGAUCAAGAAACUAAAGCUAUCUGAGAAAUGUGAAUUCCCCAUUGUAGAAGCCACGGAAGAUAAAAAUGGCGACGGGAUUACUUGGCACAAAUUAUCAGUUAUUAUGGACAGAGUUUUCUUUAAUAUUUACCUUUUACUGAUAAUCAUGAGUACCAGUAUGUUACUUAUGGUGAUCUUUAUUCAUUAUUCCAAUGCAUAAUCAAAGCAUUGCUUACCGGUAAAGGGAAAUAAACUUGUAUAAUCUUCAUUUUUUAUUGAACAUAAUCAUGUUGUUAUAAUAUUGUAUUCUCAUUGAAAUCAAAUUGUAUAUCUAUGUAAAUAUUGGCGGUUGUUUUCUUUCUUACUAUGCCUGUUUGCUUUUUCCUUCAUCACGAAAAUGUGGACACCGAAAAAUCAUUUUUCUAAAAUUAGUAUUGAGAACAAUCAGAUUAGAGCUAGAGUACUAAUAUUGCUUCACACCAAUAAAAAGAAUCACUUCCUGACUUAUUUUCUACCAAAACGAAAUAUGCUUAUUAUAGAAAUUGUGUUACACUCUAUUUUUUUUAAUGGAACAUAGAAUAAUUUAAUUUGAUAUGAUUGAUAUUUAUAUACUAGUAAAUGACAUUGGAUCGUUUUAACCAUUAAACAUUGACGACGGACGCAAUAAGCUUCAUACAUUGAAAAAACUAUUUCUCUAUGAUAAUUUUAUUAUCGUAUUAACCACAAUAUUGUAAUAUUUGUAUAUUAGGUUUUUUUUAAUAAAUGUUAUGUAAUUUCCUUUUCUUCAUUGGUUUGUUCCGUAUUUUUUUGCAUAUUCGAUUUUAAAACAACAAUCGAUCUCGCAGGAAAUUUGAAAAGAUAACUUAUAAAAGCAAUAUGGAACCCAAUAUAAAAAAAACACGGUAAAGAAAACAUUUCCAGUUUUCCUAGAUUUCUCAUGACAAAUAAGUCAGACUUUGUUAUUUAUUAUAA